AUGACUAUGAAAGACUUACCCCUUGAUGAGAGGCUCGAGGAUAUCGAGCCCUCCGAGAAGGGAGCCGUUCAUCAUGAAGAGAUAAUCAACUCAUUCAGUCCGGAAGAGCGAAAGAAACUUAUCCGGCGAAUUGACAUUCGCUUGGUCAUUACACUGGGAUGUCUAUAUUGUGUCAGUUUGUUGGAUCGAACAAAUCUUGGAGCCGCUUCUGUCGCAGGAAUGCAGAUAGAGCUAGAUAUGAACCAGGCCAACAAUGGCUACAGCAUUACCUCGCUGGUAUUUUUCAUCACCUACACAAUCUUCCAGAUUCCCGCCACAGUCAUCAUCCGCAAAGUCGGGCCCCGAAUCUUCCUCUCGGGCAUUGUAAUUCUCUGGGGAGCUGUCAUGCUUGCAUUCGGCUUCGUCCCGAAUUGGGAAACAAUGGCCGGACUGCGUAUCAUCCUCGGCGCCCUAGAAGCUGGACUGUACCCGGGCAGCGUCUACCUCCUGAGUACAUGGUACCCACGCUACGAGUUGCAGAAGCGUAACGCUGCGUUUUACCUCAUUGGAAGCGUUGCCUCAGGCUUUGGUGGAAUCUUGGCCUACGGGCUGAUGCAGAUGGAUGGACUGGCCGGGAGAGCGGGUUGGCGAUGGAUCUUCAUCAUCGAAGGCCUGCUAACCUGCGCCUUGGGCAUCGGCUCCUACGUCUUCCUAGUCGACUUCCCAGAGAAAGCCCCCCGAUCCUGGAAGUUCCUCAACGAAAACGAAGCCUCUUUCGUCAUUGCGCAAAUUGAACAGGACAGAGCAGAUGCUGCCGUCGAGCCUUUUUCUUUGAGGAGAUAUCUCGGCAACUCUAAAGAUAGCAAGGUCUGGGCCUAUGCCUCCUUGUACAUGUUGACGACGACGAACAGCUACUCAAUCGCGUACUUCCUGCCAAUCAUCCUGGAGAAGAGCAUGCAUUUCUCUGUCGCGAAGGCACAGUGUCUCGUUGCCCCGCCCUAUGUCUUUGCAGGUAUUGUUAUGUACACGCAGGCAAUGUUCGGUGAUAAAUACCACCUGCGUGGUCCCAUUGUUGCUGGGAAUGCGCUCAUGGGCAUUCUCGGACUUGGGCUAUUGGGUUACCUCGAGAAUCCAGCUCCUCGUUACUUUGGAGUUUUCUUGGCUACUGCUGCCGCAAAUGCAAACUGUCCAGCCCUGGUAUCUUGGCAAAGUAACAACAUCCGUGGCCAAUGGAAACGAGCCUUUACAUCAGCGACUCUUAUUGGCGGAGGCAGCAUCGGUGGCAUCAUUGGCACAACGGUGUUCCGCGCCCAAGAUGCUCCAAACUAUCAGCCAGGUCUGCUUUGCACUAUGCUGGCCAAUGCGUUGGUCGUUGUGAUCGUGUGUUUGAUGACGCUGAAAUUCCAUCGCGCAAAUAAGCGGGUCGACGCUGGCGGAAAGCCGAUCGAGGGACAGGUCGGGUUCAAGUAUACCUAUUGA